UACAGCAUGGAUCGGUGCCGUCUGCGCAGGACUCACAUUCUUCAUGGCCCCUUUCGCCAGUAUCAUCACGGACAAACUCGGUUGCCGACCCGCGGCUGUCAUAGGUAGCGCCCUCGCUCUUGCUGGUGUCUUAGCCAGUUCGUUCGCAACCAAAAUAGAACACAUGUACAUUACGUAUGGAUUUGCUAUGGGUCUAGGCUUUGCCAUCGCCUAUCAACCCUCCCUUUACAUCCUUGGGAUAUACUUUCAGAAGCGCUUAGGUGUCGCAAACGGCCUGGUCACCUUCGGCAGUGCCAUCUUCACCAUUGUCUUACCCAUUGCCAUGAAGGAGAUCCUCAACAACCAUGGACUUGGACCUUGCCUUUGGUUCCAGAGCUCCAUCAUCUUCGUCAUGCUUGUUGGCAGUCUGACUUUUCGACCUCGACCGGAAGCGGUUGAGGUCCUGGACCUGAAGGAAGACUAUACUUCCGUCCAGAGGACAGAUGAUGAUAGUGACCUUCAGGAAAGUAGAGGAUGCUGUAGGAGGCUGUGCAGGAGAUUGAAAUGUAGCAAGUGUUCUUGUAGCAGUAUAAUUGACGUCAGUAUAUGGAAGGAGAGAAACUACAGAAUAUGGGCCAUAGGGGUCCCGCUAGGACUCUUUGGAUAUUUCGUGCCUUUCUUUCAUUUGGUGAAACAUGUCAAUGACACACUUCCUGAAGCCAGAGCAGAGGUUCUUAUCAUGUGCCUUGGUGCUACGUCGGGAAUCGGUCGACUUGUCUCAGGAUUCUUAAGUGACCAUCCAAAGGUCAACCCCGUCUAUAUCCAACAGAUCGCCUUCCUUGUCAUCGGCGUCUCGACAACGCUGAUGCCCGUCAUUCGAAACUUCAUUGGUCUUUGCAUUCUCAUCCUCAUUAUGGGAGUUUUCGAUGGUGCGUUCGUCUCGAUGAUGGGUCCCAUUGCCUUCAAUCUAGUAGGCCCGCAGAGGGCGUCCCAAGCCAUCGGAAGUGUCCUAGGUCUCAUGUCCAUUCCGAUGAUGAUUGGUCCUCCGGUAGCAGGUUUGAUUUACGACAUGACCGGUACAUACACAAUCGCCUUCAUCUGCUCAGGUGUACCUCCUAUCGUCACCGCCUGCAUCCUCUUUCUCCUUCGACCCGACUCGAACGAAAAGGACGUCGACGGCGAGAAGAUCGACGCUGCCACAGAGAAAGAGCGAGAGGCAAUGAUGCCCCAGGGGGCAACAUCGGCGAUGGCGACUAAGGAGAUGGAAGCAAUGAUGGGCAAUGACUCCAGUGAUGAGAUAGCUGGGAUAGGUAGGCUUCGAGGAGGGAGCACAGAUGCAGGCUUCGAUGACAGACGUGGUUUAGAGGAUGACCGCGGAAGGAGGAGGAGUUACAGGAGAGAUAUUUUGUCACCAAGCGACACUCGCAUCAUCAUGGAAAAACAUGAUUCGCAUAGCAACGGUAAUCAUCAUCCAAACGGCGUCCGUAGCAACGGAGAAAUACAGAUACGCUGGGGUCUUUACAGAGGGGUUCGACAGGAAAGGCGUUCCAGCCAAUGCGUAUGGACUGGAAGAGGAGGGGAGUAGAUCGCCGUAUGCGCAGCGGAAUCGAAACCAAAGCAAUCACCAUGGUAAUCAGAAUGGGCGUGUCCACAAAGCCAAGGGUAACAAA